CAAAUUCUUGAAAAUGCAGCCGAGCAGUCUAAAAUUAAAUACUUUUGCAUUGCCUUAUGAUUAACCAACCUCUUUUAAGUGAAGCGUAAGUUUUGAAUAAACGAAAGUUUGGGGGUAAAACUGUAAAUGAAAGAUCAAAUGUGGUAAAACCAAAAUCACGAUGGGCUGAUGUGUUAUGUUCACUGUGGCUGUCUCUCUCUCUCUUCAGAUACGAGAGAACCAACCAAUCCGAUCGUAUUCUUUUUUUUUUUUUUUUUUUUUUUUUNUCUAGCUAGAGGCUAGAGCCUCAUUUAGUCAUUUCUGCUUCAUUGACCUCUCUUUUUUUAAAAUCCAAAAAACUCAUCUAUUUCUCUCUCUCUAUACAUUACCCGAAUCUCUCUAUCUCUUUCGAUACCCUCUUCCACUAAUCGUUGCCUGUUUAAUCGGAGCUUUAGAUAUCUCAUCAACGAAGGAGAGGCUUAAGGGGGAUUUCCUUUUUCUUCUUUUUUUUUUUUUUUUUUUUUUUUUUUUUUUUUUUUUNUUUUUUUUUGCUUUUGCUUUGCUUGGUUCAACUUCAAUCAAUUCGAUCCUUUAUUAAUUUUUUUUUUUCUUUCCCAAAUCUUAGAAUCUCCGAUUCGAUCACUGCUUCCUCGCCGUCACAUCGAUCGGAGACACAUAUUCACGUGCUUUUUUUUUGUUUUUGUUUUUUUAACGGCCAAUAGAAAUAAAAAUCAAACUCAUUAGACUUAGAUUAGAUUAGACCUCAGGUCAAAUCAAAUCCAACUACGACGAGUACUGGCGGCAAGGACGGACUGUGUGUUGCUGUUUAAAAUCCGAUCGAAGUCGGAGAUGUUGGGGGCUGGGUUUCAGUUGACGCGUGGGCGACACGGCGAGGAUCCUUUCUACUGUUCCGCAAAAUCUCGCAGGGCCAAUCAUCAGCGCAUCGACGACGACGUCUCUAAUGUCCCCGCCUCUGCUCCUCCUUCCAAGGAUUACCUCAGCGAUUCUCAACAUUUACUCCCCUCCUCCGCUUCUGGUAGUAAUCUUCAACGGUUUUUAGACUCCGUCACACCAUCCGUUCCCGCCCAGUAUCUCUCUAAGACAUCGCUACGGGAAAGAAGAGCCGAUGAUGCUGCUGCUGCUGCUGUGCCUUACUUUGUGCUUGGAGAUAUUUGGGAAUCAUUUGCUGAGUGGAGUGCUUACGGCACCGGAGUGCCUCUUGUUUUGAAUAACAACAACAACAAGGAGGAUCGUGUUAUCCAAUACUAUGUCCCUUCUUUGUCAGCCAUUCAAAUCUAUGCUCAUUCUCAUCAUCAUCCCUUUAAUUCCUCUCUUCAGCCAAGGCGUCCAGGUGAUAGUAGCGACAGCGAUUUCCGGGAUUCAAGUAGCGAUGUCAGCAGCGAUAGUGAUUCUGAACGUGUUUCUGCUAGUCUGCACCAUAUCUCAUUGACAGAUCAACUUCACGAAGAUUCAUCCAGUGACGACGGGGGCGAACCUUUAAGCUCUCAGGGUCGUUUGAUCUUUGAUUAUCUUGAAAGAGACCUUCCUUACAUCCGCGAACCUUUGGCUGAUAAGGUUUUUGACCUCGCAGCCCAGUUUCCCGAGCUGAAGACGUUGAAAAGCUGUGACUUACUUCCGUCAAGCUGGUUCUCUGUGGCAUGGUACCCAAUUUAUAGAAUACCCACAGGACCUACACUCAAGGACCUGGAUGCUUGUUUCUUGACGUACCAUUCCCUACACACACCGUCUGGAGGUGAAGAUAGUGCACAACCAAGGGAGAGUGAGAAGAUGUCAUUGCCUGUAUUUGGGCUUGCUUCAUACAAGCUAAGAGGUUCUUUAUGGACGCCCGAUGGGGGUUCAGAGCACCAGCUCGUGAACUCUCUGUUCCAAGCGGCUGACAAGUGGCUGCGUUGUUAUCAUGUCAGCCACCCUGAUUUCCUCUUCUUCUGCCGCCGUUGAGUAGGAUUAUAAAAGGAAGUUUCCCUAAGAAAAAGUGCGAAAGGAUACGAGCUUGUGAAGCACUUUGAGUGAGUUUUAACAAUAAACUCAAAAACUGUUGAUAUGAGUUUUAAAAGGAGUUGCUUCUUUUUUAAAAAAAAUUAAAUCUGUAAGUUAUAGAUAAACGAAUUUUGUUUGGUCAGAUGAUGUAUGUGAACCCUGGGCUAACCGUUUUGUUGUAUACACCAA